GUUCUCGUCUUCUCGUUACAUAUGCACAGUUCUCUACUCCUCACCUCCGAAUGCUACUGGCCACACCCGUACAUCGCCUUCACUCCCUCCUCCCCUCCUUCCUCUCACAUUCUUCAUCUAGAAAUUAAAUCUCUGCUUUUCCUUCGCUCUCCCUAUUCCAAUGGCUUCCACAGUCGAUUCCACCGCCCAUAUUCUCUCCCAGCUUGGCCUAGAUGAUGAUUUCGCUUCUCCUGUCCCCAAUCUCAAGAAAAAUCUCAACCUUCUUUCGGAAGAACAGGUUGGGCUCGCGAAGAUGCUGAUGGAGAUGGGGCAAAGUCAUUUGUUUGAACAAUGGGCGAAUCCGGGUGUAGAUGACGACCAAAAGAAAGGCUUUUUCGAGCAGGUGGCUCGCCUAAAUUCAAGCUAUCCUGGGGGUUUGGCGUCAUACAUUAAGACCGCUAGAGGACUCUUGGCUGAUUCGAAAGAUGGAAAGAAUCCUUUUGAUGGCUUCACGCCUUCUGUUCCAACUGGUGAGAAUUUAACAUUUGCUGAUGAUAAUUUCACCAAUUUUGAGGAGGUGGGUAUAAAGGAAGCUCGAAAAGCUGCAUUUGUUCUUGUUGCAGGGGGCCUUGGGGAGCGUCUUGGAUACAAUGGAAUCAAGGUUUCUCUUCCUGUAGAAACAACUACCGGAGCAUGUUUCCUACAGCAUUAUAUAGAAUAUAUAUUGGCUCUUCAAGAUGCCAGCUGUAAACUCCUACCAGGUGAAUGCCAGACACAGAUUCCUUUUGUCAUUAUGACAUCUGAUGACACACAUGCACGUACCUUAGAACUCUUGGAAUCAAAUUCUUAUUUUGGCAUGCAAUCCACACAAGUGAAACUUUUGAAGCAGGAAAAAGUCGCAUGUUUGGAUGAUAAUGAUGCCAGGCUAGCAGUGGAUCCACAUAACAAAUACAAGAUUCAGACAAAACCUCAUGGACAUGGUGAUGUGCAUGCACUUCUUUAUUCCAGUGGUCUUCUGAAAGUAUGGCUUGUUGCUGGUUUGAAAUGGGUGCUCUUUUUUCAAGAUACAAAUGGACUUCUAUUCAGGGCAGUUCCUGCAGCACUUGGUGUCAGUGCUACCAAACAGUACCGUGUUAACUCUGUUGCUGUGCCUCGGAAAGCAAAAGAAGCUAUAGGAGGGAUUACCAGACUCACUCACUCUGAUGGGAGGGCAAUGGUGAUAAAUGUGGAAUACAAUCAACUAGAUCCUCUCCUCAAGGCAACUGGACACCCUGAAGGUGAUGCCAAUUGUGAGACUGGCUACUCACCUUAUCCAGGAAAUAUAAACCAAUUGAUAUUAGAACUUGGUCCUUACAUUGAAGAGCUCACAAAAACAGGAGGUGCUAUCCAGGAGUUUGUUAACCCGAAGUACAAAGAUGCCAGUAAAACUUCAUUUAAGUCCUCUACUCGACUUGAAUGUAUGAUGCAAGACUAUCCCAAAACAUUGCCCGCAUCUGCAAGGGUUGGAUUCACGACCAUGGAUUCAUGGCUUGCUUAUGCACCUGUGAAGAACAACCCGGAAGAUGCUGCUAAGGUACCAAAAGGAAAUCCAUAUCAUAGUGCAACUUCUGGGGAAAUGGCCAUUUAUCGAUCAAACAGCCUCAUUCUGAAAAAGGCUGGUGUCGAAGUAGCAGGUCCAGAAUUGCAGGUUAUUAGUGGGCAAGAGGUGGAAGUGUGGCCUCGUAUCACAUGGAAACCAAAAUGGGGUCUGACCUUCUCUCAAAUUAAGAAGAGAGUUAGUGGAAGUUGCUCCAUUUCUCAAAGGUCUACAUUGGUCAUUAAGGGUAAAAAAGUCAACCUAAAGAACCUGUCCUUGGAUGGGGCUCUUGUCGUUGAUGCUGCUGACGAUGCAGAGGUGGACGUGGUUGGUUCUGUCAAAAACAAAGGGUGGACCCUCGAAACUGUGGACUACAAAAAUACCGCGGAGCCCGAGGUAGAAAGGAUUAGGGGUUUUAAAUUCAACAAAAUUGAACAACUGGAGGGGAAAUAUUCUGAGCCGGGUCAAUUUACCUUGAAGUAUUGAAGUUACAUUUCAUUCAUGCAUCAUUCCUUAUUCUUUCUCCUACUGCGUCGCAACUUUUCUUCACGGCCUGAGUGCGUAACAUGCUCUAAGCAGAGAUAUAUGAGAAGUUUUUUGAGAUUUGAAAUU